AUGGCCGAGGCAAACCCGCUGCGGGGGUUCCCGCGUCUCCGCCGCGCCGCGACUUCGUUCCCAGGUAACCUUCACCUGAUCCUUGUGCUCCGCCCCUCUGACCUGAUAAGCCCCGCCCCCAGCCCCUCCUCCAGCACUGACCUGGGCUUCCGCUUCAGUCAGGAUGACUUCCUGUUGAAGAUGCCGGUGGUGAUGCUGCGCUCGGUCGGAGAUCUGCUGCGCUACAUCGACGAGCACCACCUCACCACAGAGUUCACCGCAAAGGUGGAGUACUGCCAGAGCGACUGGGUGGUCCUACGCAGGGCCAUCGAGAGCUUUGCGGUGACGGUGAAGGAGGUAGCCCAGCUGCUGCAGGGCUUCGGGUCGGAGCUGGCCGAGACGGAACUCCCUGACGAGGCCGGGACCAUCGAGUUCCUGCUGACCUCGCACACGCUCAGAUACCGCCAGCUCAAGGAGGACAUCAGAAGCGUGCUGAAGGAAGGGCGCCUCCUGCAGGCCAACUUGGAAUCUGCCACGGCCUCGGAGAAAGAAGGGGUGGAGGAGAAGGACAUCCAGGCAGAUUCUGACACCGUGCACAGACUGCUGGCCCAGCUGCGAGACAUGGAGGAGGCGUUUGACGGCUUCUUUGAGAAGCAUCACAUGAAGCUGCAGCAGUACCACCAGCUGCUCUCCUACGAGACCAGCUUCCAGCAGAUGGAGGAGGCUCUAGAGAACGUGUCCGCCCAGGAGAAGGGGAUAUCGUCUUCAGGGAGCACCGUGGUUCAGACCCAACAGCUGCUCAAAGACCUGGAGGCUCUGGACACGCAUGCACAGGAGGAGAUGAACCGGGCCCAGGUGAUGAUCCUGCAGGGCCACCAGCUGGCGGCCAGCCACCACUACGCCCAGGCGCUCAUCGUCCAGCGCUGCAACGAGCUGCGCCACCUCUGUGACCUCGUCAGCGCCGCGCUGCGCAGCAAGCGCGCCCUGCUGACGCGCGCACGGGACCUCCUACUGAGGCUGGAGGAGGCCCUGCGCUGGUGUGAUGAGGGGGCAUACCUGCUUGCCAGCCAGAUGGUGGACAAGUUCCAGACCAGGGAAGGCGCCCAAGAGGCCCUGCAGUACCUGACCAUCCACCAGGAGAGGGCGCCAUCGGCCCUGAAGAACAGCCAGGACACGCUCAGCCUGGAGCUGGAAGCCAUACUCACCCCUCAAUUGCAGGCCCAGAUCGCCAUGGUGACGGGGAAGCUGAGCUCGGUGCAGUGCAUGAUCCGCAACCGAGAGCACUGCCUGAGGAGGCUGGCGGAGCUGCAGGUCCGGCCCAUCCAGCCCGUGGCCCCCCGCCCCGAGCAGGACCAGCUCUCCCAGCGCUGCAAGUCCCCCCUCUUCUCCCCCAAACAUGGUGUGGACCUCAAUGUGUUGAACUCCAAGUUCUCUUUUGAUCUUCUCCCGGGCAAGAGGACCCCACGGAGGAACAGCAUUCAGCGCAAGAUUGAGGUGAUGCAUGAUUACCAAGGCAACCGCAGCUGUCUGUACGGGACGCUCCCCGACACAGACUCGGAGACGGAGGACAAUCCGGAGCAGGUCGCACGACACAUCAUGAAGGAGCUGAUAGCGACGGAGAGGGUCUAUGUCGAAGAGUUGCUCUCCGUGCUGCUGGGCUACAGGGCUGAGAUGGAGGACCCAGCCAUGCUCCCUCUGCUGCCGGCCGCGCUGCGCAACCACAAGGACCUUCUGUUCGGCAACAUGCCCCAGAUCUACCAGUUCCACAGCAGGGUCUUCCUUCAGGAUCUGCAGGGUUGCCUGGAAACCCCUGAGAGGGUGGGGUCCUGCUUCCUCCAGCAGAAAGAGAAAUUUCAGGUGUAUGAGCGGUACUGCCAGAACAAGCCCCACUCCGAGUUGCUAUGGAGACAAUCCUCUGAUUGUCCAUUUUUCCAGGAGUGCCAGAAGAAGCUGGAUCACAAGCUUGGCCUGGACUCCUAUCUGCUGAAACCCAUCCAACGUCUCACAAAGUACCAGCUGCUGCUCAAGGAGAUGCUAAAGCACUGCCCAGAGCCGCAGUACCGCUGGGAGCUCCAGGAGGCGCUGGAUGUCAUGCUGAAGCUGCUCAAGUCCGUGAACGACUCCAUGCAUCAGAUCGCCAUCACGGGUUACCAGGGCGACCUGAGCCAGCUGGGCCGGGUGGUCCUCCAGGGGGGCUUCAGUGUGUGGAUCAGCCACAAGCGGGCGGCGGUGCGCAUGAAGGAGCUGCCGCGCUUCAAGCCCAUGCAGCGGCACCUGUUCCUGUAUGAGCACGCGCUGCUCUUCUGCAAGCGGCGCGACGACGACGGGCCCGACCGCACCCCCUUCUACAGCUUCAAGCACUUACUGAGGAUGAGCGCAGUGGGGAUCACUGAGAACGUGAAGGGGGACGUGAAGAAGUUUGAGAUGUGGUACAGCGGUCGAGAGGAGGUGUACAUCCUUCAGGCUUCAACCCUGGAGGUGAAAGUCUCUUGGCUGACGGCGAUCAGGAAGAUUCUGACCAAUCAGCAGAAAUUACACCAAGAUGAAGCACCUCCCCUGAGCCUUUCAGAAGUUCCUCUCUCAGACAGUGUGUCUGGGGUGUGCGUGUCGUGGGGUGGAGCAACGGUGGGGGGCUGCUCAGCGUGUUUCCAUGUUCCUCACAGCUCCACGGCAACAAGCCACACCCAGCGGAGCCGGGGGGAGGAGUCAACGCAUAGCAGCCCCGCCCACUCCGAACCCGUGGUGCAAUCUCCUCGCCGCAGCUGGCCCCCCCCGGCCCACUCUGUGGCCAUCUGUGAGGGUCUGGAGGACUGGGGCGCUACGGACCUCUCUAACAUCUCAGACUCAGACGAGGAACAGCCAGCCGCCCUGGUCGCUGGGAGGUACAGGGUCAUGGUCAACAGCAGCUCGGCCAGCACUGAUGACAUCAUCUUUAACUGCGGUGAUGUCAUCCAGCUGUUGCAUAAGGAGCCAUCUGGAAUAUGGACGGUGCGUAACGUCACUCGCAGCCAAGAGGGGCGUGUCCAUCCAGAAGACCUGCACCGAAUCCUUGGGGAGUCCGCCUGAGAGCCAAUCAGCACCAAGCAUAAGGGACCCCCAAUAUGGGAUGUAUGUUUGGUUAUUUUUCCCUCUACUGUUAGACAACUCAUCUCCUCUACAGACUGC